GGAAGAAGAAGGAAAAGAUGUCCAAAGAGGGGGAGGAGGGUCGGGGGAGGAGGAACGCCAUCCGCCUGCAUGAAGCCUACACAGUGGAGACAGUGGUGGUGGCCGACUCCGACAUGGUGCAUUACCACGGGGCCGAGGCGGCGCAGAGGUUCCUGCUGACCGUCAUGAACAUGGUCUACAACAUGUUCCACCACCGGAGUCUUGGCAUCAGGAUCAACAUCAGAGUCACCAAGCUGGUGCUGCUCCACAGCCGCCCGGGGAAGCUGAAGGUGGGCCACCAUGGGGAGCGGGCUCUGGAGAGCUUCUGUCACUGGCAGUAUCAGGAGUUUGGGGGCCCGCGGUACCUCGGCACCAACCACGUUCCUGGAGGGAGGGACGACACCCCCCCAGUGGACACGGCAGUGCUCGUCACCAG